UCGCAGGUCGCGUCGUCUUUGUUAAGCAUCAAAAACAACAACAAUGGCCGCCGAGCAGGAUGAUGACCUUCUCGACAACUGGGAGGAUAUCGAUGAAAACUCGGCUGUGUUAGAAGAACGUUUAGAAAAAUUGGCAAUAAAAAACUCUCAAUUAGAGUCAACAAUGCACUCGACUCACGUUGUUACCUGUGAGGACACCUCACGCACCCCUUUUAUGACACAAGAACCGAAGAUCAUGAUUUUAAGAAGACCGCAAGAGAAAUCUGAUACAUCUCCUAAUGGGUUGAUUAACAUUAAGCAGAAGCAACCUGUAAAAACACUCGAGCAGAGACAGCAGGAAUAUGCAGAAGCAAGAUUGAGAAUACUUGGUGAUGCAGGAAGUUCUGAAGAAAAUAAACCAAAGCCAAUACAACAAAAAUCUUUAGAGCAGAGAGAAGCAGAUUACGCUGCUGCACGAUUGCGUAUCAUGGGAUCCUCUUCCAAGUCUGUGGAAGAACCAAUGUUAACUGGAAGUUCUCCUGGAAAUCAUAUGGUUAACAUUCAGAGGGAACCCCAGAAUAAUGUUGAGGUUGUAAGGUUUCCAAAAGGCCCUGAUGGAACUUCUGGUUUUAGCAGAGGAGGCAGUCAUCACAGGUAGCAAAAGCUUAAGUUAGCAGUCAGUUUAGUGUUUUCUUGCAGUUGGCAAAAUUUUAGCCUGAAUGAAUCAUAACUCCAUGCAAUGUUACAGGAGUUGGUCAUUAAAGAGGCUACAGUUAAAUGAUUAAUCAUAUUUCACAAAUUAUCUCACUUGUACGGUACAUAAUGUAUAUUUAUAUAUUUCUGUAUUCAGGUUCCAAUAAUCACUAAUAGGAAUAGCAACCUGUAUAAUUUGUAGACCACUAGUAAUAGACUCUUGGAAAACUUUUUCAUCCAGCAAGUGAAAAAGCGCAAUAUUCAGGAUUUUUCUGGUUACCAUGAGAUAAUCUUAAGCAAAAUCCCCUACCUCUGAAUGAUGCAUUUUGCCCAGGGUCUUACUGAGAGAUCUUCUGAUUGCAUCCACAUAUAUGUAUUCAGCAUUUGAUAUAUAUUGCCAAUGUCACAGGUCAAGAGUUUUUUCUUGUCACAGUUGGCUGAGAAUCCUUGUUAAGAAUUUGACUGCCUCUGCAAUGGUUAUGGAUGCUGAUGGUAGGGUUCCUAUUAGUAAUUCAUAGAAAUGAAUACUAAGUAUAAUGUUUUGAAGAAUUAAAAGCUACUCUCUGUGGAGGGUUCUUAUUAACUCUUAAACGGUCCAAAUGUAUAUAUGCGUUCUCUCACGUAGUGCCCCAAACGUAUGUAUAAGUUUUGUUUGUCAUUUAUUCAACAUUGGCACAAUAGGCCUGAGUUGCCUAGACAUGAGAGAAUGAGUGUGCGCCAUAUGAAAAAAAUUUGGGAUGCCUGAGUACCACAUGCUCUUUUUUCCUAUAAAAAACCGAUUGUUUUUUCUCAAAAUAUUUGGGGUGCUGCGCAGGUAAACCUAUAUAUACGUUUGGAUUAUUUAAGGGUUAAUAAUGCAUAGAGCCUGUGUACUGAAUAUAACAUUCUGAAGAAUUAAAAACUACAUUCUGUGGAGGGUUCCAUAAACCUCAGUGUCUGUUACCUCCUUUGCAUUUGUUCCUCACCAGGCUGUACCAGAUAGUGCUGUGGUCUUAAUAUGUGAAGCAGAUGCUGGAGCGAGCCCAAGUGUGCAUGUAGAUGGAUGUAAUAAUAUUUGCUGGACAAAAAAAACAAAAAGUGGUUGAAGAGUCUAUUACAGUACUGGUAUGACACAAGUUAUACAGACAGAUUUUUAUUCCUAUCAGCAAUUCAUGGAAACUUCUGGAGAAAAGUUUUUCAUGCUUCAAAAUGUUAUGAUGGCUUUAUUUUCACAUCCUUGUUUUUUCAUCAUCUAUGUUGAACCUUGAUUUUUUUUAAUGCAGUUAAUACUCAUUAGUCAGUAUGAUAACUCCAAAAAUAAAAGUAAUCCAGAGCUUGCCAUUGAGAUAAAAAGACCAUCUUUUCAGAAAAAAAAAAUAUUUUUUUACUGCUGUUAAUGAUAUUUACUGCAGAAAUUAAGCUUGUGUAUGAGCUGCUUAUGUCAUAGUCUUUUUUGCUUAUAUAAAUGCUUAAAUGGUUGAACAUUCAAAGUAUGAGAGUGUAUGCAGAACCUUUUAGUAUUCAACUAACAAAUUGUCUUUGUUGCCACAUGGUAUAGACAAAAUAAUACUUAUGCAACAAAUAUACGAUGAUAAAAGGUUUUCUACUCCUUAAUUUUGGAUGAAGAAUUCUGCACUCAUGUUUUCAUAUAACAUUUAAUCCCAAUAUUCAGUUUGUAUAAAACACACAUUAUUGUAUAAAUGCUUGUUAUGUUACAUAGAUUUUUACUUCUAAUGUACAACUGAGGUAAUUCUGGGAAUAUGAUCCCAGGUCAUUCAGGAAUGUCAAAAAGCAUUUUAAGGGUGUCCUUAAAAUUCAGAGUUGAAAUAUUUUGCCUUAUGGUUAUAACAACCAAUGAUAAAAUUGCCAGUUUUUAAGAUAAUAAUAACAUAACAGGAUAUACUUUAAUAAGUUUUUAGAUUUAUUUGGCCGUAUUGUCAGUAUUAAAGAGAUUGCCACCAUUAUGAAUUUUUGAGAUUAAACAAUUAUUUGAAUCCUGCCAUAAAAAAUAUACCUUAAAUUUUUUGGGUUGCUAUUGGAGUGUGAGUAAGGUUAUCUCUAUGAAGGAAGUCAGGGAAAACCAGUUAAGUGGACUCAAGUUCUGAAGGUGGGAAGUACAGUGCCUAUACUUUCAAAGAUGUAAUUAUGGAUUUGUAAUUAUUUUGUAACCACAAGAGAUUUUAUGCUCAUGGUGCCCUGUGUAUAGCAAUUAAAUCUAUAGAUAUUUAAAUUUCCAAGGGUGGUAGCACUUGCUAUCUCUUUAAAUUCAUUCCAUUGUCUCACUACUCUUCCCUUCCAGAAAAAUUUAAUAUGUCUGAAAGAUACUUUGUCAGUCUACAGCUGUGGCUACUUGUUCUCCCUGUUAAAAGUUAAAAGAGCCUUUUAUUAACCUACUUUUUUAUAUCUUUUUUUAUGGCUUAUAUAUUUGUCUUUUUUUUCUGUUUCAGCCAACGAGGGCAUUUUUAGAUUUUUCACUCUUUUAGUGUAAUUUUUUCUUUGAACUCUGAACUGUUUUAAUUGUGAUUUCCAUGCACUUGUAAAUUUAACAGCUAGAAACAAAAAAUGGUUGUGAAUGUGUUUUUGUUUUGGUCACUCAGUCUUGGUGGGAAAAUAUGUUAAAAUAAUAUAUGUUUACAGUAUGUAUCCUCAUCUGUUAUUCAGAGUACAGGCACUGUGCUUACCACCUUCAGAACUCAGGUUCAACUAAUCUGUUUUUCUUCUUGUAAUAUUUCCCUGGACAGUGUCCUGGCACAGGUCUUAAUUUUUCGAUGACCUGUUAGGAUUUUUUGUUAACCGGUUUUCCUGAAUCUUUUCAGAGAUAUUACCUUUCUCACACUCAGUGGCAUGUCAAAUCUCACAAACCACUUGUCUCCACUCUGAUUUAGCUCUUGUGGUUUAGUGCUUCUUUUUGAUUAUAAUAAUAAUAAUCCACUCUGAUUUAUCAUGCUUACACAUGCUUCUUGAAUGCUCAAGCCAUUUCCACUUAAGAUUUCCUUUACAUUCUUUCUCCCUUUAGCCCUUUUUUGGAUGACACCUACUUCUUCUUUCCAUCCUGGAUUUAUAAAUACUCAUGGACAUCUUUUUCUGUUCCAUCCUCUCUCAGUACGAAUACCACAUCAACAUCUCUGCCCACUGAUUUAUUUUUUAGUAGAAAUUGGAUAUAUCAGCAAUGUGCUGCUAUCCUAUUCUUUAUAACAGUUACAUGGUGGAAACAUCAGCUAGCCAUGUUUCCUUUUCAUAUUCCAUCAUGCAUUUCCCUGUCAUAUUUAAUACAUAGCAGUGAAAUCUGUCAGUCUGAGAGGGAAGACCUAGGUAAGGCUAUAAGGAUAUCAUUAACCUUUUCACUGUUUUUCCACAUAGAUUUAAGUCAGUAAGGCUAAUAUUGCAUAUGUAGAUCUAUGUCUUAAUCAUAGCACCUCUCCAACAUUCUGUCAUCGGUAAAUUUUGGCCUAGACAUGAGAGAAUGGGUCUGCGCAGUGUGAGUGCAAAAUAUAAAAAAAAAUCCUGCCCAAUGCAGUGCGUGAUGGGAAUAGUGAACCUCUUAUUCUGUGUUUGGGUUAAAAUACCUACUUUAGAGGCUUUUUUCUUAAGAGUGGUUUUUAUGGUUUUUAUUGGACAUUUAUUGGUAUCAUUUGAUAGACCCAAAGACACACUAGUGAAAUGGAGAUGAUCUUUGUCAGUUUCAGGCCAGAAAUAGGGAGACAUUUGAUUUUUUGGGAUUGUUCUAAGGAAGGGUAAGAGCUCCAUCACAUCUCCCUUUCUGGUCUGUUUUAUGGGUGUUUACUAGACCUGCUUCAUUUAUUUGGAUGGCCUAAACCAUGGCCUAUUAUUAUUGGUUAUAUUAGCCAAGAAAUAGGAUAAAACAUCUAAGUUUUGUGAUGGAUUAAAAAUGGAGGGCAAGUGUUACAUGAGUUAGGCCUAGAAACAUGAUUAGUAAAGAGAGGAAAGGGUGCCUUAGUGACUGAAAUGCUAACAGUUUUAUUUUGGACUCUGUUUUUAAAUUGGAGUUUUGUUGAAUUUUGUGUAAAGUUGGUCAAAUUACUGACUUAAAAGAUAGUUCCAAUAGUUGAUUGGGUAGUUACUUGUGCUCAGUUGACAAGGUAGUUCCAAUAGUUAAAUGGGCAAUUACUUGUGCUCAGUUGAUAAAACAGAAGGCAUGCAAGUGAAAUAGCCAGGAAUUGGGAUUGGUUUGAGCAGCAGAAUUUGCCUGAAAUAGGCCUCAGAGUGGAUGAUAUAGCAAUUGUGGAAAGUGCUCCCCAACCUCCAACUUUUGCACCUGUGUAAUUUCAUAAGUUUUACAUCAAAAUUCAAAUUUUUUGUUAUUACCUAUAGAAAAAGAUUUUUUACCAUUUCAGAUUUUUUUUAAUUUCAAGGGAUGUGACAGUGAAAGGGUUAACCCUCUCAGGGUCUGUGCCAUAGUUCUGUGGCUUUGACCAGGGUCCAUGCCAUAGUUCUAUGCCAUUGAGCUCAGCUCACUCAGAUAAGCUGUGAAUGGUAAAUUUGGGCCUAGCUAUGAGAGAAUGGGCUGAUGCAGUAAGUGUGCACCAUAUAAAAAUAAUCCUGCCCCAUGCAAAGCAUAAUGAGGAAAAAAAAAAGUGCGGUGUAUUUUUGGAUGGUUUUUAAGGUUGUAUUCUUGGUUUCUUGGUAUCAUUUGAUAGAAUGGAAAAUAUAUUACAGAAACAGGGAUUAUUUUGAUUGGUUUCAGGAUUGGAAGUAGCUUGAAAUCGAGCUCAAAGUAGUGAAAAUAUUGAAUUUUUGCCAAUAUGCCAGAGUAAACAAAUCACAUCAGUCGUUCAAUAUGCAUCCAACUGGUCAGUCUAAUAUGUGUUCACAAAUGUGCUGACAUUUAUGCAAUUAUUACAAUAAUGCAUAACAGUGUAAUUCUUUUAUUUUUUGUGUGAAUUAAUAUUCUUUGUGAAUAAAUAUUCAAAAUGGAAUUCAUGUGUAAAGCCUAGGAGCAUAACUGAUGAACAGAGGUAAUAUCAUUUUAGUGCUAGGAAUGCCUGCAUUGUUUUUUCUGGACCCUAAUUUGAUACGUGUGUGUAAGUGGCCAAAUUACCAAUUUCUAAUCGACUGGGUAGUUGAAAUAGUUGAUUGGGCAAUUUUUUGUACUCGACUGAUAAAAUGGAAGACAUACUAGCUACACAGCUAAGAAUUUUGUAGACUGGGGCGAGGUAAUUGGCCUAAAAUAGGACUUAAAUUGGGCAAAAUCGCUGAUGCAUAACCAUCGCUGACACAGUAAAAUUUGUGAGAGUAAUUUCGUCAGUUUUCCAUCAAAUUUUGUACUUUUUGUUUUAUUAGCUUCAGAGAAAGAUUCUCUACCAUUUCAUAAGAUAAAAUAUAUAUAUUUUUUUUUAAUUCUUGGACCCUGUAGAUACUUUUCAGAUUGAGGGGUCUGGACCCUGAAAGGGUUAAUUAUUCCAUUUAGGGUUCAAAGGCUACAGGAGUUUUUAUCCUACAUACAGGAUAAUUGGAAUUUUUGUUAAUAUCCAUGGUCAUAGAGGGGGAGCUACAAAAAUAGUAUGGAGGGGGAAAAGGGGGGGGGGGGAUUUCAGUUCCUCUUUGGAAUUUUACCUUUCAAAACCUCACACUGUCUUCUAAUUUAUUCACAUCACACAUUGCUCUCAAAUACAAGAUCUCCACUUCCUUCAGCCUCCUCCUCCUCCUUGACAUUAUUUAAGUCUGUACACAAGUGUUUCUUUUUUUGGGUCACCCUAUCUUGGUGGGAGAUGGCUGACGUAUUGAGAAAAAAAAUAUACACAGUACUAACAAAAAUUAUCAGUUUUUGUGAUAUUUGUUCAUCAUUGGUUAUUAAAUAAAAUUUAUUUUCAUAUAAAGUGCUGAAUUUUGGUUAAAUAAUUGUUGGUAAACUCUUCAAUUUUGACCAUAUGACCUCUGGAUUACAAGAUCCCCUAGUCUCAGGCACUGCAGAGCCUACUAGACGUGCUGCUACAUAUUUUAGAAAUGUGUAUUAUGUAGUGUUUAAUGGAGUUAGAUUUAUAUUUACAGUGAUUUUCCUAAUAGGGUUGGCUUCUAUCAAGCAGAUGGACCUAACGUGACCUACAUUUUUGGUAGGUAGAAAUCCAUCUGUGCUGUGUGUAGACUAAGUGUAUCUUUAAUAUAUCUGCAUUAGGAGUGGUGUUACUUGAUCCUUCCUAUUUGAAAU